AUGGACGACGGUUCAAUAGGCGGCGCCAGUGUGCGCGGCUUGGCGCUCACAUCGGCGGCAACAACAAAGGACACGCACGACAAUGUCGAUAGCACCAGCGGCAACGUUGGCGGCAACGCAAUCAACAACAGCAACAACACAAGUAGCRGCAGCAACAACAACAAUAGUGCACGUUAUCUCGGCAGUCUCAGCGAUUGCCAGAACGUGAGCAGCAGCGGUGUUGGCAUUGGGGGCGGCGGUGGCGGCGGCAGCGAUUUGAGUGUCUCAGCGGUUGGCACAUCGGCCAUUACGCACAUCAAGCAAUCGCCAACAUCGCCGAGUCCAAUGAGCAGCGCUGCUUUGGAAGCCACACCAACUGUUCUACAACAACAACAUCAUCAUCGACAAUCAAACGAAGAGCUGUACGGCGCUACAGCCGCAACCAACAUUGUGGCACAUCCACAUUCGACGUUGGCGACGCUCGACAUGCAACAACAACAGCAUCAACAACAGCAGCACCAGCAGCAACAUUUACAAAGACUCGGCAGCUUGAGCAGCAUGAGUGCCACUGCCAGCGGAGCAGCCGCCGACGUCAUAUCCAGCAGUCGCGGCGGUAUUGGGGCGCUCACGCACACGCUCGGCAGCGGCAGUAGUUUGCUAAACGAGCGUCCGCCACCACCGCCGUAUAGCAGCAGCGCCGCUGUAAUGGCUAGCAAAGUAUUCCACGCCAGCUCGUGCGCUACCAGCAGCAUGGAGGCGUUGAGCGGCGACGAACCGCCACUAGCGGCGUCGAGCUCGCGCCUAACGGCUUAUGAACAGUUUCUCAAAUUGUCCGCACAAGAGUAUGCAGCAACGUCGGCGUCCGACAAUGCGUCGGUGCUGAAUUUGAGCAGCAUCGGUAAGGCGGCAUCGGAGAGCGAUUUGAUGUUGCGGCAUGCGAAUGUCGCAGCGGUUAUGGCGGCCGCCGCGGCGGGGAGUGUCAGCGUGGUGGAGGGCAGCGGUGUUGGUAUCGCGGAUGGUUGUGAGCGUAAUUAA